CAUGCCUGCCGGUACUGAUAUGCUAUCAUAUUGCUAUGUUCAUCAUUGAUAGUGGCAUGUAACUAAUGGUGACGUCCAGUCCUGAUAUGUACUUGACUACCCUAGGUUAGGCAUGAUCAAGUACAUAGGCGUACCCGGAUUCCCAUAAUGUUUUGUUCAAUGUUUGAAAGUUCAACUGGUUGAUUCAGGUUCAAUGUUCUGACCUCGAACCAUUCCCGGCCCUUGACCCCUCAUUACACCCUCAGAUUAUUACAAACACACACAUUGCGUGCUUGGUUGCGUACAAUUCCUUGUCCCCUCAUCACUGCAAUACCGUCAUCACUGUUGCCAUCAUUGCUACCUCUUGCCCUCCAACCCUCUGACAGAUAAUUGGCAACCCAAAGACUCUCCCUCUCUUACUUUUUGACUCCGUCUGUCACACGCCUUUGUCUAUAACGUCAGUUUGUUUCAUGAAUCCUACCAGAGCCCUUUUCAUACGAUCUUCUGUUAUUUGCACCCUUCCCCAGGCCAUACCCAAGUUGCUUUCUCUCAAGUCACAACCCAGCUAUUCUAGUAGAUUGAUAUCGACAUCAGCAGCCAAAGCUAUGCCACAGUUUAAACUUAAAGACGUAUCUUCGCUGUCGUUACAGCUCGGCGAAAAACAAGAGGUUGAAGUCGAAGGCGUCGAAGGCGGGAAGGUGCUUCUCCUUAAUGCUGGCGGCAAGAUUCAAGCAGUGGGGCCCAAGUGCACACAUUAUGGAGCGCCUCUCGUAAACGGCGUCUUGACAAAGAGUGGUAGAUUGACUUGCCCGUGGCACGGAGCCUGUUUCAACGGCCAAACUGGCGACAUUGAGAAUGCCCCUGCCCUAGACGCCCUGCCGGUUUUCAAGGUUAUUGAGAAAGAUGACGCUGUGUAUAUCGAAGGCGAGGAAGCUACGAUCAAGGCGGCGCGGCGAAAGCCGAACUUCAAGUGUGGUACGACCGGCGGAGCCUUGGCGAAUAAAGUGGUCGUCGUUGGCGGCGGUAGUGGAGCUAUCGGUGCCAUUGAAGGUUUGAGGGAGAAGGGCUUUACGGGGCCUAUCACCAUGAUCUCCAACGAAGGCUACUUGCCCAUUGAUCGCACCAAACUAUCAAAGGCCCUGAUUACUGAUCCCACUAAGAUUCAGUGGAGAGAUGACGAGUGGUUCAAAUCUGGGUCGGUCGAAAUUGUGCACGAUGAAGUCGUUGAUAUCGACCUUGUUAACAAAGCCGUCAUUACUAAGAAUAAGGAAAGGUACGUAUAUGCCAAGUUAGUUUUGGCUACGGGUGGCACACCGCGGAACCUACCCAUACCCGGCUUUAAGGUGCUUGAGAACAUCUUCCUGCUCAGAACCGUCCAUGACGCGAAGAAGAUUGUUGAUGCUAUCGGCAAAAAGGGCAAAAACAUCGUCAUCAUUGGCAGCAGCUUCAUUGGUAUGGAGGUAGCCAAUGCGACGUCUACCGAAAAUCAUGUCACAGUGGUUGGCCAGGAAAGUGUUCCAUUAGAAAGGGUGAUGGGUAAAGAGGUGGGCGCUGGUCUGCAAAAGGGAUUGGAGGGCAAGGGAAUUAAGUUCCACCUGUCAGCCGGUGUGGCCAAAGCUGAACCGUCUAGCGCAGAUCCAUCCAAGGUGGGCUCUGUGUAUUUGCAGGACGGUACGAAGCUCGAAGCUGAUCUAGUUAUCCUGGGUGUCGGUGUGACACCAUCAACGGGAUAUCUCAAAGAUAAUAAGAUAGUGCGACUAGAAGAUGACGGGUCAUUGAAGACGGACGAGAACUUCCUAGUGGUAGGACUCAAGGAUGUGUAUGCGAUCGGAGACAUUGCCUCAUAUCCUUAUCACGGUCCUGGAGGACAGGGCAAUUACACGAGAAUCGAGCAUUGGAACGUGGCGCAGAAUCAGGGGCGAGUGGUGGCGCAUCAUAUUGUCAACCCUUCAUUGAAGUCGGACUUCUUCACACCGAUAUUCUGGUCAGCCCUGACAGGGCAAUUGCGAUACUGCGGCAAUUCGGUGAACGGGUGGGACGAGCUUGUGUUGCAAGGCGAUCCAGGCAAAGGGAAGUUCGUGGCCUAUUAUUGCAAAGACGAAACGGUAGUAGCCAUGGCUAGCAUGGGCGUGGAUCCGGCUAUGGUCAAGUCAGCGGAGCUGAUGAAGAUGGGCGCCAUGCCAUCCAAAACACAACUGAAGGGCGGCUUAGACAUUUUGACUGUCCCACUUCCAGCCUAAAUUGUGCUGUUGUUGAAGUGUUAGGUGGUGACUCCGAGUUGAGAUUGGCUUGGUGGUACCUAGGGUAGUUAUGUAUUCUUGUAUGUAACUACAUAGUUGCGCUGCUCAGCUCGACAUAGUAUGGACGAAAUGGGAAUGUCGACGCUUUCCUUUUUUUGGGCCAUCUUGCGUCAUCAGGUACAAGAUGCUUGGCCCAAUAUAAUCCUGGGCAGAAUCCUGGACAGCCAAGGCCAAGUGUGCAAUAAAAUAUCUCGUACGGUAAUUUGGGUGACAUGAUGACUUAUUCAUGUGAUGGAUUUGUCAAACACUUGAAUCUUGACAACUAGAACUUAUCAUCUUACUACGUACCGUAGGUAGUAACAUAUUUUGUUAGAGUAGAUAAUGAUGAUGGCAUAUGAAUAGUAUCCAUACUAUAUAUGUACGUAUUUGAUGUGAG